AAUAUAUUUUUAAAAAUGUUGCUUUUUUGUUUCAUACAGCAAGAAAGUGCUGAACUUGGAGAAAUCCUUCUAUCAUUGAGUUACUUGCCGACGGCUGAGAGAUUAACAGUGGUUGUGAUGAAAGCCAAAGACUUAAGAGUACCAGUUACAACGCCAUCUUCAGAUCCUUACGUAAGGAUAACACUAAUAGUGGAUGGAAAGAAAGUUAAACGGAAGAAAACAAGCGUUAUGAAAGGUACACAUAAUCCAGUCUGGAAUGAAGCCCUUUCCUUUAAUAUACCUGCUGAACUGUUGCCAAAGGUCAUGUUAGAAUGUCACGUGGUUGACAACGACCUUAUAGGUCAUGGAGAAUUUGUCGGCUGCUGCGUAAUUGGGUCAAGGAGGACAGGAAAUGAGGGCAAACAUUGGAAUGAUAUGAUACAAAACCAACGUAAAUCUAUGGCCAUGUGGCAUGCUCUGCAUAAAUAAGACAACGUCACGAUGAACCUUAUAUGUACAUGUAUAUAGUGCCUAGUAGGGUGGUCUUAUUUUGUGUCGUCUGGACACUCUUAAAUUCCAGGCUGAAUGUGUUUAAUUUAUAUUUGUGUUCUCAACAUAAAUAUUAAUUACAAAGCGAUAUAUAUAUAUCAAAGUGCUAAGAAUUAGCAUUGUCGAAAGAUCUGUGUACCCAGACGACAUAAUAUUUCUUAAACGUAUAAAAAAAGCUUUAAUGU